CCCUGCUCGCUGAGCCAGCUCCACAGACCAUGAGGCUGUCGCCGCUGCUGCUGCUGCUGCUGGGGGCCUGGACCAUCCCAGGGGGCCUUGGGGACAGGGCCCCGCUCACAGCCACCGCCCCCGAGCUGGAUGAUGAAGAGAAGUUCUCAGCACACAUGCCUGCUCACCUGCGCUGUGACGCCUGCAGGGCAGUGGCCUACCAGAUGUGGCAGCAUCUGACAAAGGCAGAGGCCAAGCUUCACACCCUGGACUCCAGGGGCUGUGGCAAGCUGAGCGAGUCGGUAUACACAGAUGUCCUGGACCGGAGCUGCUCCCAGACCUGGCAGGGCUACGGAGUUGGAGAAGUGGACCAGGUGAAACAUCUCAUGGGCCCAGGACUUAGGAAGGGGCCGGAGCCGAGCAUCAGUGUGAUCAUCAUGGGGGCGCCGUGGCCCACGAGGCUCUCCAAGACAUGCUUUCACUACCUGGGGGAGUUUGGAGAAGACCAGAUCUACGAAGCCCACCAACAAGGUCAAGGGGCCCUGGAGGCAUUGCUGUGUGGAGGCCCCCGGGGGGCCUGCUCAGAGGAGGCACCAGUCACAAGGGCAGAGCUCUAGUCCAACUCCUCCUUCCCCUUCCUGGUCAGCCCCUAAAGGGAGCUGGGCUUCCUCUGGAUCUGUCCCCUCCUUUCUGCAGGCUUCCUGGAGGGCGGGGAGGCCUUGUUCUUCUGUGCUGCCACUCUCCCUCCCUCCUCCAGCUUCUGGACCCUGGGGCCUGGGGGGCGGCCAAGGCCUUCCCCUCUGGACUCAAAUAAAACCAGUGACCUC